UUUCCAAUCCUAACGUUCCCGUUUGCUCUUCCCUCCUCCGUCCCCACUUCCCAAAAUUUGAAUUCCAAGACUCAACAGUCAACAAUUCUCUCUCUCUCUCUCUCUGCAAUCACGUUCCUCUCUCUCUCUCCAUGCCAUGGACGACGAAGCCGACCGCGAGCUCGGCUUCAGCGCGGCUCCACCACAUCUCGUCUCUCUCACCCCGUUCUCUCCUGUCCCUUCGCCCUCCACUAGGCGGCUCUCCAGCUGCUUCGUCGAGCCGAGCCGCCCCGUCGCCGCAGCUCGACGGCUCGCCUGGGUGUCCCUCCAGGGUCGCCUCAUCAACGCCGAUGAAGCCAGCUCGGCUACAACCAUCAAGGGCGGCUUGGCCCCCAAGGAAGCUGUGUCUUGGGAGCUAUUCAGCCCCGUUCAGCGAUUCCUCAUCGUCGCCGUGAUCGGCGUUGCCGUCGCCGAGUCUAAGAAGAACGCCCAGAUUUCUCGGCUCAGAAAAUCCGUCGAACUUAGGGAUCAAGUACUAUCAAGCAUGCAGCAGAAGCUUGACAGUCUAUGUGAGCAGCUGAACAAUAAGAAUAUGGAAUUAUCAGAAAUUGAUGUUUUUGGCUCAGACAAAACUAAAUUCGUCGAUUGCGGUUGUUGCCUUUGUGAUCAACAUCACGACAUGUUGGCGGGCAAAUCUGUAACGAAAGCCACAAAUGGGGAUGAAAUUCUUCAGUAUAAGACGUCUCUCGCCAAUGUUGCAGAGCAAGAGGAGCGCCGGAUGUCUGAUUUAUCGGACUGGGCUUCGAGUGUCACAUCUGCUGCUGAAAUCCAGAUGAAUAGCUUGGCUAUAGAACAAGACAUUUACAAUCUCAAGAAGGAUUGUGAAGACAAAGAUGUUAUCAUAAAAGAGCUUACCACUUUACUCCACUCGUCUGAUAUAGCUGGCUCAAAGAGGAUAACCGAGCUGGAAGACAUCAUAAGAAGGAAGAACACGAUAAUUACUCGGCUAAAGAAGGACGUAGUGAUCCUAGAACAAAAGGUGGUGAAUUUCGCGAGACUUCGGAGACCCUCUUUCUCUUCCUCGGAAUUACCAAGUGUACAAAUUCCACACAUGACAGACAACGUCCUUUAUGAUAUGGAGAGUACUACUAGCCCUUCAUCUUCUGAUUCGGACAGCUCUCCCAAGGACCGAGCAGAGUCUCCUGCUGUUGAAACUCCAGAGAUUACUGCUCAUAGUUUAGAAUCUCAUUCAAUAAGGAAGCUGAAAUCAUUGCCACCAAAGCCCUCAGGAUCUCGAUCGAUGAGUCCUCUGAAAGAGAUAUCAUUGAACCACAAAUUGGAGACAGUCUCUUCUACAAGACAAAGGCAGUUAUCAGCUAGUGGAGAUCAGAAAAGGACUAGAAGGCUUAAUCUAUCUGCACAGAAGGAUUCAACUCCACACAAGAGAUGGGUUUAGUGGCUGGUCCAGGCUCAAAUAUACUGUAAGCUGAAGUUUGGUUACCGAAAACAUAGUAUAUAUGUUUUGUAUAUGGGUUCUGGACAGUUUACAUGUCGUAUCCUGUUAAUCCUGUCGUAUCCUCAGCUCAUUAAUCGUCUUGGUGAAUUAUUUUUAUUUUUU